AUGAAUAUCAUAAUAGCUCUAUCUGCUUUGGUAAUAUUGAGCGGUCAAGAUUUUCCUCUAACACCCUUUAAAAUUGUCAACACCCUCAACUCAACUCAAGUCUCCCCUCAUAUUCUACACACUUUGUCAGUUUUUACCCUCUCUCUGUACGACUCUUUCUCGUUGUUUUUUAGGGUUUUUGCUCAGAUAGAUGGUCAUGGAUGGGCUAUGGAAAGCGGAUUAUCGGCUAUCGACCUUGAACGCCGCCAAAUUCAAUGGAUCUGCCACAGUUCUAUCAGAUCAGAAGUUUCUUAACGCCAUGAGUCUCAACGAAACAUUUCUAGAUCGAAAUUCUACUACUCAUACUCCCGAGUUGCCUGAUCUGGGCCUUAGAAGAUUCAGUCCUUCUUCUAGCUCAAACAAUGAAGGGGACCUUCAUGAAGAUUUUGACCUUAGUGACGUAGUUUUCAAGUACAUAAACCAGAUGCUGAUGGAAGAAGACAUAGAGGAGAAGACUUGCAUGCUUCACGAGUCUGCUGCUCUUCAAGCUGCAGAGAAAUCAUUUUAUGAUGCUCUUAUGGUAAACGACCCUCCUUUCUGUAGCCCCCAUCCUACAGUACCUCUGUAUGAUAAUGAUGGCAGGGAGGAGAUUACCUUAACGGACUACAAUUCUUUCAUAAGUGGUACAAGUAAUCUUAGUUGUGAUGUUAGUGAUUACGAUUCACCUCUCGUCCCAAGUGUUUCUGUCAAUCUUGAUUCACAAUCCAGAUCUCAAUCAUCUUACUGCUCAUCAAGCUGUAAUAGUAAUGGCAUUGACAGUUUUACGGAUUCGCCCCUGAGUAUCCAAAGUGUUUCUGAUAUACUUGGCAGUAGCAGAUCAGCCAGAUCUGAUCUGCAGUUUCAAAAAGAUAUUGGAGGAUUGAGUAGGUUCCUUCUCAGCAAUGAAAACAAGGAAGAAGCUAAUGAUUUGGUUAUCAAAGCAGAGAAUAAACAUGAAAGCAAUUCCAUCCCUGAAAGAACAAGAGGAAAGAAAAAUCCUUACCCUAAAGAUCUUGAUGAUGAUGGGAGGACUUCCAAGCAAUCUGCAGUUUACACAGAGCCAACUGUUCGAUCCAAAAUGUUUGAUGAUGUUCUACUUUGUAAUGGAGGAAAAAACCAUCUUCAUUGUGAUGUUGUUCCUAAUGGGGUGAAUGGAGUACAACAAAAGGGUAAUGGGGGAAAGGGUGGUCGUGGUAAAAAAGGUGUGAAAAAAGAUGUAGUGGAUUUGAGAACACUGUUGAGCCUAUGUGCACAAGCUAUUGCAGCAAACGACCAAAGAAGUGCAGUUGAUCUACUAAAACAGAUAAGAGACAAUUCAUCACCAACAGGUGAUGGAAUGCAAAGAUUAGCUCAUUACUUCUCAAUUGGUCUUGAAGCACGAAUGGCUGGAUCAGGUACUGAAAUAUACAAAACACUCCUUUUCAGACCAACAUCAGCUGUAGAUGUGUUGAAAGCUUACCAUUUGUACCUCAGUUGUUGCCCUUUCAUAAAGAUCUCAAAUUUCUUUUCUAACAAGACAAUCUUGCAUACUACCCAACACAAAAAAAAGGUUCAUAUAGUCGAUUUUGGCAUUCUUUAUGGCUUCCAAUGGCCUUGCUUCAUACAACGUCUUUCAACUAGACCAGGUGGGCCCCCUGAGCUUCGAAUCACCGGGAUCGACUUCCCGUGUCCCGGGUUUCGACCCUCACAACGGGUCGAGGAAACGGGUCGCAGGCUAGCGAAUUAUGCAGAAACUUUCAAUGUCCCUUUCAAAUUCAAAGCCAUAGCUCAAAAAUGGGAAACAAUCACAAUUGAGGAUCUUGAAUUGGAUACUGAGGAAACCCUAAUUGUGAAUUGUGCGUAUAGGUUUAGAUAUCUUCUUGAUGAGACAGUGAUGGUGGAUAGUCCAAGGAAUAAAGUUGUGAACUUGAUUAGGAAAAUGAAACCGGAUAUGUUUAUACAAGGGGUGGUGAAUGGGUCCUACAAUGCUCCCUUUUUUAUAACAAGAUUCAGAGAAGCUUUGUUUUUCUUCUCUUCUUUGUUUGAUAUGAUUGAGGCUAGUGUGGGGCGUGAGGUUCUGGAGAGGAUGCUGAUUGAGAAAGGGAUAUGGGGACAAGAAGCCAUGAAUGUGAUUGCUUGUGAAGGUGGUGAGAGGAUUGCUAGACCUGAAACUUAUAAACAGUGGCAGGUUAGGAAUAUGAGAGCUGGAUUUAGGCAACUCCCAUUAAAUCAAGAAAUCUUGAAGAUGGCUAUGGAAAGGGCAAGGUCACGUUACCAUAGAGAUUUUGGGAUUGAUGAAGAUGGACAUUGGAUGUUGCAAGGAUGGAAAGGAAGGAUUAUGGUUGCAUUAUCUUGUUGGAAGCCUGUUUAAUUUCUAACCUUGUCACGUGUUUUUACUUCCUUCAAUGGAAGAAAGAAAGAGAAGAAGAUGAAGAUCGAGCAUGGGAUGCUCAAUGCUGGAUGGAUGCUUCUCUUGCUGACUUGAUGGGCUCAUGGGCUAAGUUUAAAAAGCCAUGUCUGCUUCUGAAUGUUGGAACAGUGACAAAUGAAGCAUCCAGGUUAGCUUUUUAUAGUCAUAUCUAAUAAAUUGGGAAAAAGGUGUUAAUGAGAAUAAUCAUUGUGAUUGUGGACUGGUAAUUCAUUAGAAAAAAUGAGUAAUAUAGGUAGCUUAAUCUCAUUGUUCAUGUAGUUUUCUUAUUAUUUUAAUGAAAUUCAAUUUAUUAGUGGAAUUUGUUUUUUGUCAUGCUGUAUUUUAUUGUAUAGUGGUGUUUGAUUUGAUUGAGGUGAUGUUAUUAUGUUGGAAGAUGUUACAGGAACGUGUUGUACGUUAUGGUAUGCAGUGUAGCUGGACAUGUAAUGUAUGCUUUGGGAGGUUCUAAAUAACAUAAGGUGUGACUUGGCGGCAAUGUCAAGCCUCAAGCUUUUUUCAAGCCGUGGCGAGUCGCGUCGUUUGUAAGACAUGACUUAAGGUGACAAUUUGUCAAAACUCGACGGCAACUACAAGCCUUGGAGCCAUGACGAGCUUUUUAGAACCUUGAUUUUAUCCGUCUACUUAAAUUUAAAGUGUUUUGACCUUUUUGCCAUUGUGUUUAAUUUUAUAUAAAAGACACAAAUUAUAUGUUACUCCCUAUCUCAGUUGGAAAAACCAUCACGACCACCAUAUACAACCCUCUGUUUUGAUUAAGGCUCGCCAUCACCUGCCAUCAUACACUCCCUUCAUCCCAACCACCACACCAUUAUUUGUUGGUGAUUUUAGUGUCACCGGUUCAUUUUAUGUAAUGAGAUUUAUACAUGUUUCAUGAGGAUUAUGUCGUAGUUUUAAUACAAGGUAGGACUGUAGGAGAUGCAGAGUGCGCACUUGUAUUAAUCUAGAUUGAUCCCGGUACAACCAAAGUAGCCAGGGUCAAGGGGGCCACGCCCUUGGCGGGUUAGGAAAAUGUGAUAUUAUAGAAAUUAUUGAAUUUUAGGGGUCCAAAUGUAACUUUGUGUGGUUAUCAAGUGAUAACUUCCUUAUCCAAAUGCAGUUGAAUUUUCCAAAUUCUGGGAGAUAUCAAAAUAUUCUCUUUCAUUUUUGAAACAUAUGAAAUUCGAUCACACCCUCUCUCUCGUUUUUUAUCGAUUUUUUGUGCCUAGAAUCUUGACUGUUCCUUUAAGAAUUAUCUAAGAUCGAAUUUCUCGUAACCCAU